AUGCCAUUUUACAAUGAUGAAGAUUUAAUUAUUAUUGAUCCUAGUUAUGAAAAUUUAACAGAUUUUCGCAAAGAUUACGAUUAUGAUCUAAUUGGUAAUGCUAUUAGCUUACGUGCAUCAUUUCUUCGGAAUCCAGCUGGUUAUUUACACAACAUUAUUGAACAACAUAUGAUAGAGUUAUUAUUUACAAGUCUAAUCUGUUUCAGUAUAUUUCUUGGUGUGGUUGUUUUAUUAUUUGUACUAAAAAGGUUUAUUCGUUAUGUGAAAUUGAUCAAGUUACUUGUGAAGGAAUUCAAUAGUGUAAGAUUACAACUAAAAGAGAUUAAGAAAGAAAAUUUGCCAAUGAAUUAUGACAUCUAUGCAAAAGCAGUAUUUACUGUAUUAAUAAGUUAUUAUCAGCUGUUCAAAGGAAGUAAGAAAAGAAUUAUACCUGAAGAUUUGGUUGAAUAUGAAAUAAUACGUUUUGUAUUAGAGGCUGCAUGGAAGAAUACUAUAAGUUGUAGACAGCUAUACAAUAUAGAAUUGAAUAGAUCAACUGAAGAUGAAUCAAUUGAAGGACUAGUAGAUGAUUCAGAAAAUGUAAUAGACAAUCUAAAUGAUGUGGUUGAUCAUAAUCAAAAUAUUAAUAAUUCAAGAACAGGUAAAAAAUCUGAUGUUAAUCAUAUAAGAGACGAUAAUGUGAAUUUUAUGGUGAAUAAAAUGUAUUACAAAAGAACAAAUAAGCAAAAUCUAUCAAACAAAUCAAUUGUAAAACCAUGGUAUAAAAACAAAAAUCAAAUAUUUAUGAAAAACAUCAUUAGUUCCAAUGAUAGACAUAGCAUGAUAAAAUUAGAAAGUUUAAACAAUCUUGAUGAAUACAAAAGUAAUGUUCAAUAUUUGAAGGAGGAAUUCAAUAAUAAUGAACUCCAGGAAAUAACUCCAACUAAUUUCGAUCAUGCUAAUCAAAUAUCCUUGGAUUAUAAUGACACAGGCGAAUAA